CGUGUUUCCGGAGCUGCCGGAAUCAGCUGCUGUGUUGCGGACACGUGACGUCUGAACGUUCUCUCACUGCCGGAAGUUGAAGGAGUCCUGCAGCACCCUCAUGGCGGCUGAUAGGAGCUGAGUCCUUGCAUGGGGCGGGACACACACCAGCGUCACACUGGAUUCAGACGGUUUCUCUAGGUGACCUUCUCACCACAGCACUGCCGUCCUCUGAUGGUUUCCUGAGUCCAUCGUGCUUGGUGCAGUGAUUCUUCUGGGAACAAUGGUGAAGUAUUUUGUAGGCUUCAAUGAGCUGAGGAGCUCGUGGGACCAAGUGUUUGCUGCUUUCUGGCAGCGCUAUCCAAACCCUUACAGCAAACAUGUCCUGACUGAAGACAUUCUAUACCGUGAGGUAACCAGUGACCACAAGAUGCUAACCAGGAGGCUAUUAACAAAGACCAACCGCCUGCCACGGUGGGCAGAACGAUUGUUCCCUGCCAAUGUGGCCCAUGCUGUGUACAUUUUAGAAGACUCCAUAAUUGAUCUUCACAAGAAAACCUUGACCACCUACACCUGGAAUAUAAACCACAGCUCUGUCAUGUCUGUGGAGGAACGCUGUGUAUACUGUGAAAAUCCAGAGGACAAAAAUUGGACCGAGAUUAGAAGAGAGGCUUGGGUGUCCUCAAAAGUAUUUGGUUUUAGCCGACCAAUACAGGAAUUUGGUCUGGCUAGGUUUAAAAGUAACGUGACCAAGGCAUUGAAAGGAUAUGAAUAUACCCUGGCAAAAAUGCAAGGCGAUACCCCUGCCAGGACACUUGUGGAAACUGCAAAAGAGGCAACAGAAAAGGCAAAAGAGACGGCCCUUGCAGCAAAAGAGAAAGCCAAAGACUUGGCCAGUAAGGCAGCCACUAAGAAGCAACAGUACGUGUGAAGGUCCUUUCUAUAUCACUGCACCACAGGUGCUUAGAGGCUGGAAGUGUUGCUGGGUUCAUAGGUCAUCUGAACCAAACUUUUAGCUCUCUGUAUUACAAUCAACUGUUUAUAUCACUUCGAAGAUGAAGAAAACUUGAACGUUAACUCGAGCAAUGAAAUGUCAAUGACUCUUUUCUAAGCUUUAAUUUAUGAUUAGACAAUGCUGUUAAUAAACCAACAAGUCUCUUUCUGCUUCAGAGACAGAUAA